AUGGAUUGGAUCAUUCACCUUGAUACUGAUGAGUUGAUUCACCCAGCUGGUGCCCGAGAGUACUCCCUGAGGCGAUUGCUUUUAGAUGUUCCUAACAAUGUUGACAUGGUUAUCUUCCCCAAUUAUGAGAGCAGCAUUGAGCGUGAUGACAUUAAGGAUCCUUUCACUGAGGAUACAUACUUUGGUCUAUACAAAGAAGCAACACGUGGUAAUCCAAACUACUUCCUUACUUAUGGUAAUGGGAAAUCGGCUGCAAGGGUUCAAGAGCAUUUGUGUCCAAAUGGUGCUCAUAGAUGGCAUAAUUACAUGAAAUCCCCAAAUGAAAUCAAAUUGGAGGAGGCUCUGCAUUACACCUACACAAAGUUCUCAGACCUAACCUCAAGGAGGGAUAGGUGUGGUUGCAAGCCAACUAAAGAAGAUGUGAAGCGAUGUUUUAUCUUGGAAUUUGACCGUUUGGCUAUCAUCCGUGGCCUCAAAGAAUCCGAUGUCUUUACCAAUGCAGUAACAUCAGCGAAAGCACAGUCGAAAAUAAAGUCAUCAAACAUGGGUCUUGAAAAUGACGCCAUCCAACGAAACGGAACAGCUGGUCAGUCCACACUAGAAGGUGGCCACGAAAAGUUGCAGGCAACCGUAAGAAAGAUCCUGGAAAUGGUUGACGCCCAGGAAGAAGCAAUGCCACCAAUGUCGCCCCCGGGUUUUCUGGAGCUCUCUGAAAGCACCACUGCUUUGUCAUGA